AUGGCGGUCAGCGGCCCUGUGGAGCCGGGGCCCCCGGCGGCUGCUGCCGCUCCCUCGCCCGCUCCGGCCCGGGCUCCAGCCUCCGAGCACUUGUUCCGGCCUAUCAGUGCCGAGGACGAGGAGCAGCAGCCCACCGAGAUCGAGUCGCUGUGUAUGAACUGUUACCGCAAUGGCACGACGCGCCUCCUGCUCACCAAGAUCCCUUUCUUCAGAGAAAUAAUCGUGAGCUCCUUUUCCUGUGAGCAUUGUGGCUGGAACGACACGGAGAUCCAGUCGGCCGGCAGGAUCCAGGAUCAGGGAGUGCGCUACAUUUUGACCGUCAGGGCCCAGGAGGACAUGAACAGAGAAGUGGUGAAAACGGACUCUGCCACCACAAGGAUCCCGGAGUUGGAUUUUGAAAUUCCUGCCUUCAGUCAGAAGGGAGUUCUGACCACUGUUGAAGGACUGAUCAGCCGUGCUGUCUCUGGCCUGGAGCAGGAUCAGCCUGCACGAAGGGCAAAUGAAAAAGCUGUAGCUGAAAGAAUUGAUGAGUUUAUUGUCAAACUGAAAGAGCUAAAGCAAGUGGCCUCUCCUUUCACUCUGAUCAUUGAUGAUCCCUCAGGGAACAGCUUUGUGGAAAACCCCCAUGCUCCCCAGAAAGAUCAUGCCCUCGUGAUCACACACUAUAAUCGGACUCUACAGCAGGAAGAGAUGCUGGGGCUCCAGGCUGAGGCACCACCAGAAGAGAAGCCAGAAGAGGAGGAUCUCAGAAACGAAGUGCUGCAGUUCAACACAAACUGUCCAGAAUGCAAUGCUCCGGCUCAGACCAACAUGAAGCUAGUUCAAAUCCCUCACUUUAAGGAGGUUAUCAUCAUGGCUACCAACUGUGAGAACUGCGGCCAUCGGACCAAUGAGGUGAAAUCUGGAGGAGCAGUAGAGCCCUUGGGUACCAAGAUCACCUUCCAUAUCACAGAUCCCUUAGAUCUGACCAGAGAUGUGCUCAAGUCUGAGACGUGUAGUGUGGAAAUCCCAGAGCUGGAAUUUGAACUGGGAAUGGCCAUCCUCGGGGGCAAGUUCACCACACUGGAAGGGCUACUGAAAGACAUCCAGGAACUGGUGACCAAGAACCCUUUCACACUGGGUGACAGUUCCAAUCCUGGCCAGGUGGAGAAACUGCAGGAGUUUAGCUGGAAGUUAGACCAGAUCCUUCAGGGUAACAUGAAGGCCCACUUUAUUAUGAAUGAUCCAGCAGGAAACAGCUACUUUCAGAACGUGUAUGCACCUGAAGAUGAUCCUCAGAUGAAGGUGGAGCAUUAUAAGCGCACAUUUGACCAAAACGAGGAGCUAGGGCUCAAUGACAUGAAGACAGAGGGCUAUGAGACAGGCCUGGCCCCACAGCGGUAGCGACAGGUAGUUCCCGAGCCAGCCUCCAGUGCUGCUUAGACUAAAGGGUUAUUUAUUACUGUCGGGAAAGGCUGGGGGUAUCCUC